CUGGAAGACAGCCCCAAAGCCCUGCCUGUGGUAGGGGAGCAAUUGAACUUGGAUAAUGACAUAAACGAGCCGGUGUUCAUCUGGGGAAUCUCAGACAGAGCAGCCCAGAGGAAAAGCAUCUCUGCUGGCGAAGGUUCGUUUCAUUUGCAACAGGAGAAGCAGCAGCUGCUGGCGCCCAGACCGGGGAGAGGUAAAGGGAGGCUGAGGCUGCCGCACAGGCUACCCUUCAAAGACAGACAUUUCACCUGCAGCAAAAUAAUAGGAAGGAGGUUCGCCUGCUUUGCACAGAGGCUGAGCUACAGGAGAAAGCAGAGCCAAUGUGAUUUAUUGAAUGAAGGCUCUGGACACUUACCAGCAACUUGUUUCUCUGCUGCUUCGAACAGCUUAAGCUGGAACUCCCGCUCGAAGAUGACACAACAAAUGCAGAACUUACAUCUUUGCCAGUCAAAAAAACACAGCGCUCCGUCGUCUCCCAAUGCCGCCAAGCGCCUGUACAGGAACCUCUCUGAGAAGCUGAAGGGCAGCCACUCGUCCUUCGAUGAGGCCUACUUCAGAACCAGAACGGAUCGGCUGAGCCUCAGGAAGACCUCAGUGAAUUUCCAGGGCAACGAAGCCAUGUUUGAGGCAGUUGAGCAGCAGGACCUAGACGCUGUGCAGCUCCUCCUCUACCAGUACACACCGGAAGAACUAGAUCUGAACACACCCAACAGUGAGGGGCUGACCCCCCUGGACAUCGCCAUCAUGACCAACAACGUACCCAUUGCUAGGAUUCUUCUACGGACAGGGGCCAGAGAGAGUCCACACUUUGUCAGCCUGGAGAGCCGAGCAAUGCAUCUCAACACACUAGUCCAGGAAGCCCAGGAGAGGGUGGGUGAGCUGACUGCCCAGGUGGAGAAUGAAGGCUUCACUCUGGACAACACGGAGAAGGAGAAGCAGCUGAAGGCUUGGGAGUGGAGGUGCCGGCUCUACAGGCGAAUGAAAACCGGCUUCGAGCAUGCCCGAGCCCCAGAGGUUCCAACCAAUGCCUGUCUCAUGGUAACCAGCAGUACGUCACUCACUGUCACCUUCCAGGAGCCCCUCAGUGUCAACGCAGCGGUGGUGACCAGGUACAAAGUGGAAUGGAGCAUGUCUAAAGACUUUUCCCCUUUGGCCGGGGAGAUCAUCAUGGACAACCUGCAGACCCUGAGGUGCACAAUCACAGGACUCACCACAGGCCAACAGUAUUUUGUUCAAGUCUCGGCUUACAACAUGAAAGGAUGGGGACCAGCUCAGACCACAACUCCGGCCUGUGCCUCGCCCUCUAACUGGAAAGACUAUGACGACAGAGAGCCCAGACACAAGGGACAGAGCGAGGUUCUGGAGAGCCUGCUGCAGCAGGUCCGAGCCCUUCAUCAGCGUUACAGCUGCCGGGAAAGUUCAAAGUUGCAAACCACGGGCCGCAAGCAGUCAGUAUCAAGAAGCCUAAAGCACCUAUUCCAUUCCUCAAACAAGUUUGUGAAGACCUUGAAACGAGGACUCUACAUAGCCGUUAUAUUUUAUUAUAAAGACAAUAUGUUAGUCACCAAUGAAGAUCAAAUACCAAUUGUUGAAAUAGAUGACUCUCACACCAGCUCCAUUACACAAGAUUUUCUCUGGUUCACGAAGCUGUCUUGUAUGUGGGAAGACAUCAGGUGGCUAAGGCAAAGCGUGCCCAUCUCUAUGUCCUCAUCCACGGUGCUGCAGACUCGGCAGAAGAUGCUCGCCGCCACAGCCCAGCUACAGAAUUUACUUGGAACGCACAACUUGGGAAGACUCUACUAUGAGCCCAUUAAAGAUCGCCAUGGCAACAUCCUCAUCGUCACCAUCAGGGAAGUGGAGAUGCUUUAUUCCUUUUUUAAUGGCAAGUGGAUGCAGAUAUCAAAACUGCAAAGCCAGAGGAAGUCUCUGUCAACACCCGAGGAGCCAACAGCCUUAGAUAUCUUGCUAAUAACCAUCCAGGAUCUCCUCUCCUACCACAAGAGGAGUCAUCAGCGUCUCUCUCCUGGGCUGUAUCUAGGAUACCUAAAGCUAUGCAGUUCUGUGGAUCAGAUCAAAGUGCUUGUAACCCAAAAGUUACCCAACAUUCUCUGCCACGUGAAGAUCCGCGAGAACAGCAACAUCUCCAAAGAGGAGUGGGAAUGGAUCCAAAAGCUUUCUGGCUCCGAAUCUAUGGAAAGUGUGGAUCAUAAUGCUGACUGCCCCGUGCAAUUGUUCUUCUAUGAGCUCCAGAUGGCAGUGAAGGCUCUCCUGAAGCACAUCAAUAUACCUCCACACCAGGCAAGGAACUUCCGCCUCUACACACAGGAGGUGUUGGAAAUGGGUCACAAUGUGUCCUUUCUUCUCCUGCUCCCUGCCUCAGACGACGUCUGUACAGCCCCAGGACAGAAUAAUCCUUACAGCCCACACUCAGGGUUUCUUAACCUCCCUCUUCAGAUGUUUGAACUCGUUCAUUUUUGCAGCUACAGAGAGAAAUUUAUUAGUCUGUAUUGCCGCCUUUCUGCUGUUGUGGAGCUGGACUCCCUGAACACCCAGCAGUCCCUGAGGGAAGCGAUCUCAGACAGCGAGGUUGCAGCUGCCAAGCAGAGACACCAGCAAGUGCUGGACUUCAUUCAGCAAAUUGAUGAAGUCUGGCGUGAAAUGAGAUGGAUCACGGAUGCUCUACAGUAUGCAAGAUACAAGCAACCAGUCUCUGGCUUGGCCAUCACUAAGCUGAUAGACCCCUCCAGUGAGCAGAAUCUAAAGAAGAUCAGUUCUACGUCAUCACACAUAGACUGUCUUCCAUCAACAUCCCCAUCCCCAGAGAUGCACAGAAGAAAGGCAGUGAGCGAGUCCCAGCCCUGCUCUGAUGAAGAAGGUUGCUCAGAAGUCUUCCUCCCCACAGACAGUGACUACGACUCCAGCGAUGCCCUGAGCCCACGAGACCUGGACCUGGUUUACCUGUCAUCACAUGACAUUGCCCAGCAGGCCCUCAGCGGCCUGAGUGGCAGCGCCCCAGACGUCCUACAGGUGCACGACAUGAAGGCCACCAUGGGGCCUGGCCAGGACCCUCAGGGCCCCCCGGUGCAGGGCCCAGACACUGACCACUCAUGUGCAGAGUUCCUCCACAGCCUGACCCUCACGGGCUUAGCACCCAAGAACCAUGCCAAGAUGGUGCCGGGCACGCGGCCGCCGCUGGGCUUCCUGGGAAAGCGGAAGCCGGCCAAGCACCAGCACUACGGAGGCUUCAGCCGCCACCACCGCUGGCUGCGCAUGCACAGUGAGACGCAGUCGCUGUCGCUCUCCGAAGGCGUUUACACCCAGCACCUGUCUCGGGCCUGCGGCCUGGCUCAGGAUCCCGGGGAAGCAGAGCGGCCUGGGCCUGUCGGGGAUGAACCUCGGGGUCUGCCUCUGACCCACGCGGCUAGCCUCCCGGAGGAGCGGAGGAGCUGCCUCCAGGACCCAAGGCGGUCAGUGCACAGAGUCUAUGUGGAACCCUACCCCGACACACUCGUGGGCCAGGACACAAAGCUGUGGACCCGUCUGAGCCCUACCCCUGCAGGCCGCAGCAGCCUGCCAAGCCCCACGAGUUCAGAGAUAAGUCCAGACCCCACUUCUCCGGUUUCAGAAAUACUAAGUAGUAUGCUUUAGGAAGAGCCCACACUGGCUAUCUUGCAUUUCCUUCACCAUAGCCCCAUCCUGCCCCCCCCCCCACUGCGUUCCCAAUUUAUUUUCAAAAGUUUUGAAAGUUAGAAAUCCAAAGGUCACGGGUUUAAAACUCUUUCCCCCCCCCCAAAGUGAGGGACAGGAUGGGGAGCAGGGGAGGCUACAGUUGUCACUACCAUUCCCACCUCACCCUAGAAAAUGUGGGCGUCUGAGACCCGUGAUUCACAUACGUAACUCCUUUUGUAGCACCUGCGGCCGAGCUAGGCCAGCCCAAGGAAGACAUCUGCGAUUUUCUGGUCAAUCUCAACCCUGGGCUUGGUGUUCUUUUGUGAGUUUGUGGCUGAUGAAGGAGUUCAAUGGAUGGAAAUAAGAUUAACAUAGCUUUUUUCUCAAAUCCAAACUUUGAGAAGAAUAUGAUGAAAAGAAGCCCGAGUUGCGUCUCAAGAGCGAGGGUUCAAGUAGAACUGAGCUGGCUUUUCCCUCAGUUAAAGCAGGCUAUUCUAAAGUGCAGGCUUUUCAGGACUCCCCAAGUCCAGUUUAUCUAUCGGCACUUGCCUGGGCAAGUGGGGCUUGGGUAGGCCUUUUCUUCACUUAGUGUUAUGUGGAGAACACCAGAAACAAAAAGUGGAGGACACUUCUUUUCUAGCCCUGUUUUGCAAGACAGAAUAGGGCAGGAAGCAGCCUUUCUGGCACGGUCAGAUCCCAUUCAGUCGUGACAAUGAACAGUAAAUUAUUCCAGAGUGCAAAGAGAUGGCUGAGUUAAGUGAAAGCCUGAAUUAUAGCAAUGAAAGGGGGAAAGGGAAAGAAACAGAAAUCCUUUCUCUUUGCAGCAAACCAAAUGAGUCCACGGCGUCUGUACCAUUUAGAAUGGCGGUGAAUCCGCACCAGAUUUUAAACUGAUGAGUUGCUGAACUAGAAAGUGUCCACCAGAUAUGGUCAGGUAGUGAUAGGCUCCUCCAAGCCUAUCACUUAGAGGAGCACAUCAUCAGUCAUCCCUCAUCACUGGUCAAGACUGUUGAAGGCUGGAGUGGGUACGCUCCACUUUAACCCUGCGCCUUAUAGCAUGAGUCCCCCACCCCCUUCCCCAGGCCAUCGGACCCAUUUGGCCAUACGGAAAAUGUGUCCUUAGUAGCCUCAGCUGUGGUUUAAGCCAAGCGUGUGCUCAGUAGCACCUGGACAUCCUGCUUCAGUCACAUUGCCUCCUACCUGAAUUUCUCACAAGUGAGAAACUCAAAUGGAAACAACACUGCAGAUUCAAGAGAGGCACAGUUCUCCUAGAGCCAAGACCAUUCAGUUCACUAACAUUCUAGAGUCUUUUUUUUUUUUUUUUUGCAUAGCGGGCCUUUCCAUUAACUGCGGUUCUUUGCUAUCCUGUCCCUGUCCACGAAGUCCUACACUACUCUUGAAAGUUCAUGCAAACUCUGUGUUCAGCAUGGGAUUCUAAUUCCCUCUGUGAAAAAGAUAUUAAAUGUAAAUAAUUGCCUGAUCCAAAAGGUAUAGUUUGGCCAGUUGCCUGUGGUUAUUAGAAAACUGAAGCCAUGAUCUCAGCAUUUUUUUUUUCCUCUUAAGAGAUAUUAUGCUCAGUGAACCCUCAAGGAAUCUUGAUUAAAAUAUCUGCUGGGCAUAGUGGCACCCUUUAAAUCCUAGCACUCAGGAGGCAGAGACAGGAAGAUCUCUGUGAGCUCGAGGCCAGCCUGCUCUACAAAGCGAGUUCCAGGAUAACCAGAGCUGUUAAAAACAGAAACCUUGUCUUGAAAAAAUAAAUAAAUAAAUGAGAUGCAUAGAAUUUCUUUGCUAUACCUGGUAGGAUUUUAAAAUAAAGUUUUCUUCUGUCUCAGUGAAUUAUGGAAGGAAUGAGGGUAUGGACCUUAAGACUUUGUCCUCACAGAUAUGUCAGUUAAGGCUGGAGAUGUUAAAUGAGUGAAGAUUGCAAGAGCUGUCUUAAUGUCAGGAUUAGAACUCAAAACACCUUCUUUGUAAAGACAUAAAUUGGCACAUACCUUGCCAUCUAGCAAUUGUCUAAUCUGCUUUCUUUAUUUCAUAAAGCCCUCUCCUUCUUAUUCCAAAUUUGAAAAAAAAUAUCUGUGCGCAACCUUUACGUUACAAGUUUCCAACCUUAUGAAGCUCUUUAUUGCCGGAGAACACAAAUUUUACCAAUAGACAUGUAAGUCAACUAAUAAAAAACCAACUUUAGGAGAAAUGUCCAUUUAAGUUAUACCUCCUCCUUAAUAUUGGGAACGACAGAGUUGUCUGCAUUUUGUUUUUACCCGUUUCUAAUUAGAAAAGGGAUUGAGCACACUGACUGCAAAUCCAUUUGUAAAAUGGAUUGCUAAAAGUCUGAAGAACGGAGAAGGAAAAAUGGCGCUGGUCCUGACAUUCUGUGGGGCAUACGGGAUAGCUUAUGACGGGGACCUCCGACAGGGAGUCACGGCAGAGGUUCGACCACUUCCCUAGUCUUUUGUUCAGCAACUCACUAACCCCAACUACACGAAGUAAAAAUGCACUCAUUUAUGUUGGGAUUACUAGGUUAAAUCAUCCUGUUCCUCGAGUAGAAGAGGCACAUGGAGAGAAUAAUAUGCAGGGGAUUUCAACGGACGUGCUCAAUUUAGCUGAAAAUGUCUUCUGCUAGGGAGAUUCCCUCAAUAAUAAACACGCCCACCCCUGACCCCAAUUUGAGAACUUGAACCAGUUUAAAUUAAAGCACCGUAGAAAAAAAAAUCACUGUGUUUUCUAACUCACAGUGCUGUCCUCAUUCAUUUUGAUGACGUACACAUGCGGGACUUAGAAUAUUGAUUGAUUUUUAUCUUACUGCUUUUGUUUUAUUUUGGAGAUGAUGAAUGUGAACUUUUAUUCUUUUCAAAUACAAUAUAAGAGACUCCUGAGGAAAUCUCCCUAUCCACUUUCCCAGUUUUUCUAAUCUGCUUUACUCAGACCUAAAAUAUCCAUCUCCCAUCCUCCGUGAAGAUCCUUAAAAUUCAUGGACUGUGACCCGCCCAUGUCUUUCUAUGGUCUAAGCUGGACAGAGAACCAAAGAAUCAAGAGUGGAGUGCAUUCCAAGGCCAUGGAACACUCACAGUCUAAGAAUUUAGCCACAUAAUAACCAUACAGCAUCUCAUGGCUAUAUCGAAGAGGCAGCAGCAUGUGACAGACAGACACAGAAUAUGCCUGGCUAGAAGUCUCCCACUGAACUCCUGCUGUCUAUUCAUCAGGGGGCACAUCUUGGAAAAUAAAACUCAUUUGUGUAAAUGUAAAUGCCACCACUUACAAGGCCGGGCUAGCAAGUCCUCUAGUUGGCGAGGGUACCUGGGACACCGUAAUUAAAACCAUUAACUCCAAGGAAGGGGUAUUUUAAAAAGUGGGUACUUAAAGAUGAGCUCCAUCGGGUCUUAAGAACAUUCACUAAUACUCAAAGCAAUAAUUAUACUGAAGAAAGUGGUUCCAUUUGGUUCAAAAACUGAAGCCAGUUACAAAUAAUAUCCUGCCAGCCCCCUUUCCUGAAGGGUUCCAAAGCACUUUAUGAACAGCAAUGACUGAACCCUUGUUGUACUCCCCUAAAGAGACCUUGUCUGGGAGCCAUCUGGCAAAUAUCUACUCCAUCCUUGCCAGGAGAUCAUGCCAGACAAGUGGAAAAGGAGACUGACCUCUCAUUCAUUGUUAUCCUGACAUACAAAUGUGUACCCUGAAGAAGGUGAGCUCCCCUCUGGAAGACAAUGCUAGGACAAGAAAGUGUAGCAGAAAACCCAACGCCUUGACAUCUUCUUGUUCUUCACCCUCUACCUAAGAUGUACUUGUUGCCUCAGAGAACUGUCCCUUCAAGCUGUCAAAGGUCAACGCUGCAGUGCAUUUCAGAAUCACAAUUGUGUUACCAGAACACAGAAGUCACUAGUUUCAGGAAAUGUCCCCAGUAGUGAGAGGGCACUAUUAUCUACGGUUUCUUAGUUUACUAGGCAAGAGCCUCACCCACCAGUGUGCAUCUUUGUAGAUCUGCUUAUUAAACUAUACAAUACCGACUACAGGGGUUAGUUUCAGAUUAACAAGAGAACAGGAAGUGUUUAAAGAAACUGUUUGGGACUCAAUGGUAUCUCUUCAUGUAAGUGGUAUAUAAGGGAAAAGGAUGUCUCUCUUUGUUGGCCACGUCUCCUAGGAUGUCCAAACACAUGGCUCAUGACUGUUAAGCUAAACUUCCAUAGAGCCUUAUAAACAACAAGGGUAGUAUAUUUAAAACUAUGUUGUAUAGCUUGGAAACGUAUCCUAAGAUCUUAAUUCAGAGUUUUUCUGAGGUGUUGGACUUUGCCAUUAGCAAAAACAGUGUUUUUAGAGAAAAAUCCAUCGACUGUUUAUGAAGCACUGAUUUUUGCCAUAUCUCAAGUCUCUAGUUUUUCCACUGCACCUGCACGCGGCAGUUACGUUUGUGUUUCUACUGUAGCGUCUGCUUCCACUGGUGAUGAAUUUGUCAAAUAGCUCUUCAGCAGUAUAGAUGAUUUUACCUAACAAUUGGGUGAGCGGAUUUAAAUGUUCCACUUUAGUAAAGAAAGUAGAUGGUCUUUUGUUGUUGUUGUCGUCGCCCUUUUAAAUACUAUGCGAGGUAUUUCUUUCCCAGUUGUAAACACUUUUAACUUCAACAAAAGCCAGUAUUUAACUUAGUAGCAAGUAUUAAGAUGCUGCUAGUUAAUGUUCUUUGCUUCUCUUCCUCAAAUCCAUAUGAAAGUCUGACCAGACCCUCAUAGGAACCAUUAUCUAAUAACUCAUUCACAAAGCCAAGUCUGGCAACUUACUGUCAUCUGAGUUUCUGUGUUGCUUCUUGCCUUGUGACAAAUCAGAUGUAUCACAUAGCCCAUGUAUAUUAUCAUAAACAUCGUUUGAUGUUUGUGAUGAAAAAAUAAUCUCUGUGUGUGCGUAUGCGUGUGUGUGUGUAUGUGUGUGUGUGCAUGUGUGUGUGUUGCAAUGUGUGAGAUGUUUCUUAGAAAUAGUGACUGAAAUGACAUUCUAUUAGGCAGUGUUUGAUUGCUUCCUGCCUGAUGUGUACAUAGUAAUCCGGCUGACUAUCGGUUGUUAUUUGUCCAGAACUUAUUGUUUGCUGUUGCUCUGUAUGAAACUAAGUGUCUGUUAAAAUUUAGACUUCAGUCCAACAUUGGCACAAUUUUGUGUGCUUUAUACCUCUGUAAAUAUACGAAUGAAUCUUGUGUGGCCUGUUCAAUGUGACCUCCAAUCUUGAAACAAUAAUAUUCUGUAGUAUGUACAUUUGGAAACAAUUUGAUCUCUCAAAUGGAUAUUGUGAAUGAUCAGUACCCGCAAGUCAAACGCAACACUGCUGAAAUGCAUGCCUCUUCAAGAAGAAGUCAGGAAAACAAGAAUUAAGAUAAAGUUUAAUGGCAAGUAUUUUUGAUAAUUUCCUACCUGCUUCAUUGUAUUUUCAAGAAAAAAAAAAUGUGAACGUAAUGUUAGCUCUCCAAGGGAAUGACUUUGUCUCAUAAGCAUUAAAUAUACUUAAUGUUUUACCCCAAUAUUGUUCAGAUCGACAUCAAGCAUAAAGAACUCAAAACUAUUUUUGAUUCUUCAUAUUUUUUGAUGUUUUAAGGUCAGUUUGUGAACCCUUUGUCUUCAGAGUUGAGAAAUGUCAAUUCAAUAAUAAACUAAUAGAA